CUUUUUUCUUUCACACGGCAUGACUUCCUCUACAGUUGCUAAAGGACGAGUCCAGUCCAUUGCCAACCAUCUAGCGUCUAAAGAUACCCCCGACCAUGAAAAAUAUCGUGUUCACCGCAAGCCUGGUCAGGUACCCUAUCACACUCCACUUGAUCCGAUUCACUUUCUAUUGCGAAGUGCCAUGGUGUACCGCAACAAGACCGCUGUCAUCCACGGAGACCGUUCUUUUGAUUACGAGACGCUUGCAGAUCGAGCUCUACGUCUAGCCAACCUCCUAAUCCACGGCUUUGACGUGCAUCCAGGAGACCGUGUAGCUAUCCUCUGCCAAAAUAUACCGGCCUUUCUCGAAGCUAAAUACGCCGUUCCUGCUGCAGGCGCUGUGAUGGUGCCUCUCAAUACGCGUCUGGCUGGUCCGGAAAUCGAGUAUGUGGUCAAGCACUCGGGUGCUUCUGUGCUGCUAGUACAAGAUGACUUGCUUCCCCGUGUCUCUGCUGGCGUCAAGGAGGCAGUUAAGAUGAUUCACGUUGCAGACUAUCAGAACCAUGGUGACCCGCCCUGUCAAUACGAACAACUCUUGCAAAAUACAAAGACGGUGUUGGGAUGGAACGACCUGCCUCUUACGACAGACGAAAAUGCACUUAUUUCGAUCAAUUAUACGUCGGGAUCGACUGGCAAGCCCAAAGGGGUAAUGGCGUCGUUCCGCGGAUGCUACAUGAUGGCUGUGGGGAUGUGUGUGCAGGCACACCUUACACCUGAAACGGUUUAUCUGUGGACCCUUCCGAUGUUUCAUUGCAAUGGAUGGAAUUUCCCUUGGGCGCUUGUUGCCGUUGGAGCAACGCAGGUCAUGCUUAACAAGCUUGAUUAUACCUAUAUUUGGAAACUCAUCAAGGAGCUCGGUAUCACGCACUAUUGCGGUGCACCUACUGUGCAGAAUGAGAUCUGCCAUCACAAGGACGCCGUCCGUCCCAACCACACAGUCUUAGCCUUUAGUGGCGGUGCACCAUUGGCACCUAAGAUCAUCCGUGGCCUUGGUGACCUUAACAUAUACCUCACACAAGUUUAUGGAUUAACAGAAACAUACGGUCCCUGUGUCCUCACAUACGAUAAAGGAUCCCUUACUCAAUAUCCUGAGGACCAGCAUUUGCGACUCGUUGCACGACAGGGUUACAAUAUCAUCACGCAGGACGAGGUCCGCGUACUGGAUCAGCAGACUGCCAAGGACGUUGUAGCAGACGGCAUGCAAAUAGGGGAAAUUUGCUUAGUCGGAAACGUCACCAUGUUAGGAUACUAUAACGAUCCGGAGGAAACUAAGAGAUGCUUUAGGGAAGGCGUUUUCUGGUCUGGCGAUCUGGCCGUGCGACAUCCCGAUGGCGUGAUUGAGAUUGUGGAUCGAUCCAAGGACGUGAUUGUGUCUGGUGGUGAAAAUAUCAGCUCUAUUGAAGUGGAGAAUACAAUUGUGGCAAUGGAAGAAGUAUUUGAAUGUGCCAUUAUCGCCGGACCUGACGAGAAGUGGGGCGAACGACCGUUUGCGUACGUGAUUGUAAGGGAGGGUCGCACUAUUACAGCUGAAGCUAUAAUCGCUCAUUGUCGAAAGAACUUGGCCGGCUACAAGUGUCCAGCGAAAGUGACUUUCGUUGAUAGCAUUCCAAAGACGAGGUGAGCAACAUAAAUAGUACCGGUAGGAAUUGAAUUUCUUCUAUCCUCAUGAUUACUUUAGGUAUGGUCAGUAGCUUAGAACUAACACACAUGUCUGUCAUCUAUAGGUAAAACACAAAAGUUCAAAAUGCGCGAGGAACUUUGGAAAUCGUAUGAAAAGCGAGUAAACUAGAGAGGAACUAGACUUUCGUCCACUAAUUAAGAGAUGUAUGGUAGAGUUAUAUUAUAUAAAUAGAUAUGCGAGAUAAUAAACAUCGGUAAACAGUGGGCUGUGGCUGUUGGUCUCGUCACUCUGUAUUACUGUAGAUCAUGCA